CAAUGAAAAUGCUUAUUGGAUUUUGGAUACAUGUCCACAGCUGCUACGACACAGCACAGCACAGCAGCUGCAAGAGGCAGCAGCUCAACCUUUUUUCCUGACUUGACUUUUGGCUGGUUUGGGUCAGAAUGGCUAACUACUGGUCUGUUCAGGUUUUCUGUGGGCUUUUGUCUACCAUGCUCUUGGCCAUGGGGGCACUGGAUGGUGGGAUGGAAUGUACAGACAAGGACAGAUUACUGACAGAGAUAUCCAAAGAUCUGGACCCACCGUCGGAGUGUGUGCUAGGCUGCACUGGACUGACUUACAGAGCUAUGCUGGAGACCCAAAAUAUACAGACUGUACGCUUCAAAGACUCUACAGCAGGUGAGCAUGGAGAAUACUGCUGGUCCAUGAGAACGAAGUGUAGCCCUGGAGAGAGCCUGAUUCAUGCCUACAUCGUGUUACCUGUGGAUGUGUCACUGGUUAACGAGGAUACCCUUGGAUUGAAAGCUACUCUCCCCCACCAUAACAACAUACUAACGCCUCACAACGGUCCCACGCCACUCUCCAAACUCUGUGGCCUCCGCUUUGACAUCACAGACCAGUUCACCAUGACAAAGAGAUCGCCAAUGUUCUGCGUGCAGGUUGUCCCACAGCAGAGCACCUUGGAAAACAAAAUGCCUAUUAGAUGCCCACCUUUCCUGGUGACGAUGUGGCAGAGGCUGAAUAAGUAACCUACAAAGCAACGGAGGGGGAUGAAAUGGACUUGUUAAACCGACGACCAUCCAAAAUGUUUAAUGGCAUCAAGAUUAUUUUGUCCGAAUUGUUAGGUAACCCUUCUCCUAUUGUAAAUGCAUCUGGAUCUGAUAGUCUUGCUUAUUUCACAGCUAUCUAUCUCGUCAGCAUCAUAUUGUAUAUAACACAGUGUUUCCUUCAUAUUUUGAUUUAGCAGCGGUGCCCCGCCACUCCCCCCCCCCCAAAAAAAUAUAGAGUGACAAGUUACGACGUAUAUUUGGUCUUUAGAUUCCUGCUACCAUUGUCACUGCUGCUGAAAGAAAUCUUUAGGGGGGCGACACUGUAACAGUCACAGUAGCUUAUAUCAUGUUUAUGGAAAAGAAAAAAGGAUGUCCGAUUCAAAUGGAAAGUCAGUUAAAACAACGGAUUGUCCGAUGAAAUACCCAGAACUUUUUGACACAAGACUGUUGACUAAAUGGAGUACAAUUAACGAUGACUUGAAAUGGACUCAGUUUGGCAGCGAAUCUUUAACUCUGAGAUGUUAAGGAUGACGUUGAGAAGGAAUGAGCAGAACCCGAGGUAAAUGUAUGGAAGGUGAAAAUUAACCGUUGUAUUUGAUAGAUAGAUAGAUAGAUAGAUAGAUAGAUAGAUAGAUAGAUAGAUAGAUAGAUAGAUAGAUAGAUAGAUAGAUAGAUAGAUAGAUAGAUAGAUAGAUAGAUAGAUAGAUAGAUAGAUAGAUAGAUAGAUAGAUAGAUAGAUAGAUAGAUAGAUAGAUAGAUAGAUAGAUAGAUAGAUAGAUAGAUAGAUAGAUAGAUAGAUAGAUAGAUAGAUAGAUCAUUGUUAAUAUACUGUAUGGAUGUGUGCUUUUGGGUCAAUAGUUGAUUCUAGAUUGAGAUGACAUUUCAAAUAAUAAUAAGGCCUUUGUGUUAAUUUGUGCUCUAUUGUGUGGAGCAAACAUUUGAUGGUACAUAUGUAUAUAGAAUGUAUAAGCUUCUUAUAUGAAAUAUACAUAGUUACUAAUUUAAGUGUGUGAACACCAGAAACUGUCCUAAAGCACAUUUAUUUUACUUAACUUUUAUUAUAUUUACUUUAACUUUUAUUUUAUUUACUUUAAUUUGCUAUAACACCACACUAAUUGGUUUGAUGUAAACUGUGAGCUUUACUAGAAUGCUUUUCCAACCAUGUCAAGUAUCCACAACAUUAAAACAACUUCACGUGAUUGUGUAUGUCUGUGAGCUUGCACAAAAAGAAGGCCAUAGUUUGAUCUUACCAUAACAAAUCAUUAAAAAUUGAGAGAAUAGGAA